UUCAGACUCCUGGGGCCACAGGCGCAAAGCCCCACCCCCCCAUCCACAAGGAGCCAUCCUGCAGUUUCCCACCGGCCGCCAAAGUAACUUGGAGCGAAGCGGGGCGCAGUGCGAGGGCCCUGGGCGGCGGCGGAGCCGUCCUCAGCUCGCGGCGCCAAAGCUGAGCCGGGCCCGGCGGGCCAGUGUAUGUCUCCCCGCGGCCGCGGCGCGCAGCUCCCGGUGACUGUGCAGCGUGCGCCGCCGCCUGCCCUGACUCGCGCUGCCACCACCGCCCGGCCGGGCGCACACCUCCUUCUCCCGGGGUGACCCGCCUGCCGCCGCCGCCCGAGACACAGCUUGGCACCCCUUCCCCCGCCUUCGUUGCCGCCACCACACGCACGCUUCUCUCCAUCUUGUGAUUUCUUUUUUCUUUCUGAACCCUCCAGAGGGGGGUGCGAGUUUGUCUUUAGCCCCUCCACUCCACUGUCUUCUAUUCUUCUCUCUCUCCCCUCCCUCCCCAGCUUGGUGUGUGCCUCUUUCUUUUAUCGCCCCUCUUCAUUGUUAUUUAUUCAUAUUUAUUUGGCUCCCGCUCUCUUGCUCUCGCUCUGCCCCUCCCACCCUCCGGAUCCCUGCUCUCUUCCCCGAGUGGCGCGUCCGGGGCUCCGCCGCUGGCCAGGCGUGAUGUUGCACGUGGAGAUGUUGACGCUGAUGUUUCUGGUGCUCUGGAUGUGUGUGUUCAGCCAGGACCCGGGCUCCAAGGCCGUCGCCGACCGCUACGCCGUCUACUGGAACAGCAGCAACCCCAGAUUCCAGAGGGGUGACUACCACAUCGACGUCUGCAUCAAUGAUUACCUGGAUGUUUUCUGCCCUCACUAUGAGGACUCGGUCCCGGAAGAUAAGACCGAGCGUUAUGUCCUCUACAUGGUGAACUUUGAUGGCUACAGUGCCUGCGACCAUACUUCCAAAGGGUUCAAGAGAUGGGAAUGUAACCGGCCUCACUCUCCAAAUGGACCGCUGAAGUUCUCAGAAAAAUUCCAGCUCUUCACACCCUUCUCUCUAGGAUUUGAAUUCAGGCCAGGCCGGGAAUAUUUCUACAUCUCCUCUGCAAUCCCAGAUAAUGGAAGAAGGUCCUGUCUGAAGCUCAAAGUCUUUGUGAGACCCACAAAUAGCUGUAUGAAAACUAUAGGUGUUCAUGAUCGUGUUUUCGAUGUUAACGACAAAGUAGAAAAUUCAUUAGAACCAGCAGAUGACACCGUACAUGAGUCAGCCGAGCCAUCCCGCGGCGAGAACGCGGCACAAACACCAAGGAUACCCAGCCGCCUUUUGGCAAUCCUACUGUUCCUCCUGGCGAUGCUUUUGACAUUAUAGCACAGUCUCCUCCCGUCACCUGUCACAGAAAACAUCAGGGUCUUGGAACACCAGAGAUCCACCUAACUGCUCAUCCUAAGAAGGGACUUGUGAUUGGUUUUUUGGCAGAUGUCAGAUUUUUUGGUUUUCUUUCUUUCAGCCUGAAUUCUAAGCAACAACUUGGGGAGCCAGCGGGGGGGCUAAAGUAGUUGCUGCCUCCCCCACCCCGCCCCCACCCCCAGCCCUUGACUUUUCUCACCCCUUCCAAAUUAAAUGGACUCCAGACGAAAAUGCCAAAUUGUCGUAGUGACACCAGUGGUCAUCAGCUCCUGUGCAUUCUCCUCUAAGAGCUCACCUCCGUACGCGCCCUGUGUCAGAUACAGCCAGUGACAGUGAGGCCCGGGAGGGUUCUCCUCUCCCAUACAAUAUUUAUGCCUUCUCGUUCAGGUCUGUAAGCUAAUCACGCAGGGCAUCAUGUCACCGUGUCAGGUCCAGAGGGGAGGUAUUAAGAAUGGAUAUACUAUUACACCAUUUCCUCUAGGCGUAUAUCAAUGAACAGGCUUCUGAAAGGUUCAGACACUUUUUUUUUUUUUAGGAUGCCUGUCUUAAAGCCUUCUUGACAGCAAAACUUGUGCUCCGUCAAAGAAGCCUUUUUUCUAGGAGGCGGGUAGGGUGCCGGAAUGCUAGCACAGAGCAAGUGUGAAAUCAAAGACAAUGACGUUUGGUGGGUGUAUGGAUGUAUGAGUGCCUCUAAUAUUUUUGGUGACUGGACAGUGUACACCAGAGUUUUGUUUUUCCUUUGACUAUAGAUCACCGUGGUGCUACAACUAUUUUUGUUUUUGUUUUUUAAAGAAACUCAAAGAGGCAUUUUUAUGACUAAAGUGACCUUCCCCGAGGCUGACAAGCCAAGGUUGAUGAGUACACAGUGGAAUAGCUUUGGAUACUCCUCUGGGGCAUAGUAUGUACCGAGGUAAAGAGGUCAGUGGCCAGAGGAGAUGUGAUUUGGCUUUGCUGGAGUGCCAGUGUGCGGUGGCCUUUCCCCGACUCCCACCCUAGUACCCACGUUUUGCUCUACACUCCACGACUCCAGGGGCUCGGACACAAACCCCUGCCACCCGGAGAGUCAGUCAGCACUACUUGGGAGGGCUAAAGGGAAAUUUGGAAUAAAAAUUCCAAAGUUUGAAAUAAAAAAAAUUCAAGUGUUGAUUUUAUAUUCUUUCCCUUUCUGACACAGCCUGAAGCAUAGGGGGAACACGUGUUUAUAAGUGGGAGAUAAACAAGAUGGAGUCCCAAAGACUUUAACAAAAUAUUUUUUUAAAAAUCCACUAGAAUAGAAAAUACAUUAUUUAGAUAUACUUUAUGCUGAGAGUGAGUAUAUAUGCUUGUCCUAUUUAAACUUGUGAGAAAAAGUGGUAUCCCUUGAUACAUUUAGAAAUAUGGGGGGCUAUCUUGUUUCAUUGAGGGGUGGGGGCAGAAGGAGAAGAAUGCAGGAUGACCCUGUUUAAAGAAUCUUAGCAUGGCCAGCAAGGGAUGUUUCCGCUGGUUGGUUACCAGGAAAUGCAAGCCUUGGGGUUUUCUACUGGUGAGGCUGUCAUGAACUUUAAACUCCAAAGCCCAGACAGGGAAAAGUGUCAGACCAAAUGGAAAAGAAAUCUUGCCUUGUUUGCUAUUGUACAACAUAGCAAUAGAAACCAUGCCUUUCAAAACAAACAAACAUACUAAUAAUGCAAUGAUCACGUAAUAUGUGAAAACAUUGGAAGGAUUCCAGAAAUAAGGGUUUUUUAAAAAAAUAAUACAGUUAAAAAGAUACAUUUAAAAAUUGUAUAUGUAAAAAAAAAAUGGGGGGUCAUAUUAUGGACAGAGUUCAUGUAUGGACAGAUUUCAUGAAUGGGAAUUUGCUAAGAAUUAUGAGUAGUUCAGAAUUAGAAAAACAUGUGAAGGAAAGGCAGCUGUACAGGUACUGCACCCUGGAGAGCUGCACACAUGUGGAAAUGUAAUCUGGGCUUACCUGAUCCGGUGGGAGUGGAUGUUACGGCUGGGUCUGUUCUCACUGGGAACCAGUGAGUGGGGUUGCCAGCCUCGCAGAUGCAAUCAGUCCUACUCCUCUGACAUCAGGAACUUCUCUGGAGUGGCAGAGUGUUAUCACAGAAGGCGGCCACCAUUUCACUGAAACGAAAGUUCACAGCAUUGGAUUCUUUUUCCUUUAUUGAUAUGCUCGAUACUCUCAGUAAUAGCCAGUACUACUUCUUUUUAUUAAUAGUUACAGGCUUGUUGGUCCAGUGGGAUUUGGGGUGGGUGGGGUGUGGAGGGGGAGUAUACCUUCUAAAAUGGAUCAAUAGUCAGAACCAAAAUAAUACUGCAUGUUCUAUAACCACAAGCAAAUCAAAUGAUCCUGUAAUGAUUCCAAUUAGUCAUAACUACAUUAGCAGUGCUAAUAUCAUUUUAGAAAUGGUGACUUCUGUGGUUUUUCUAGCAUUUGUCUCUAACAAAUGAUGAAAUAAUUACUCAACGGCCCUCUCUGCCACUGUCGUUCAUUUUUCACAGUGAAAUUAGACCCCUUUACUUCACCAUCAUGCUACUGCAAAUUAAGUAAAGAAAAACAUUAGCAAGACUAUCCACGCCAGUAGACAGUGUGCUUCUCUACCUGUAAGUGAUGUGAUUGUGGGUAGUACUUGCCAUGGAGUUUUCAAGGAGAUGAUUGCUAUCGGUUUUCAUCUUAUCCAAAACGUGCUGGUGGCCUUUUGUGGUGUCUUUACAACCCUCUGGGGGCUUGGAGGAUGUCAGUGCAACUUUAUAGCAGCUUUUAAUUUCAAAAACAAUUCAAAAGUCUGAAGGGCAGCCUUAGCUGCCUCUCAGCUCCAUUUAGUCAACCCCCAGCAACCUUUGCCCCUGGUUGCCAAGGGCUUUGCAACAUGAAGCAGGGAAAUAAGGAUCUGUCUGUUUAGUGGAUACCGUGUAUCCUUUAAUAGACCAGGUAACAGUUGGUGUUAGUUUAGACUAUUGUUUUGUACUGUACUUUCUUGGGUGGCAGAGGAAAGAAAAGUAAAACAUUAAAAAAAAAAAAAAAAAAAAACUGCGUUCUUUAAAUUCUGUAUUAUUAGCAACCUCUGUUGUAUAUAGUGUUUGAUAAUAAAGUAUUAAUUUGAUUCUUAUGUCUUUUGUAAGUGAGAACAAUAGUCUUUCAGGAUACAAAACAUGCAUUGAGGCUUUGAAACAUCCAAUGUAUACUUGCUUGAGAAGAGUCACAAAUGGCCAAGACACUGCUCCAUACAGGACUCACAUGUGGUCAUCACCCUCCCAAUCUUAAGACUCCACCAUCUUGGGACCUGGAACAACAUGACUUUUUGAUCAAUAUUUUGUCCUCAAUGUUUUCAAGGUCUGAUGUUGGAGCCCUAUGGUGUCCCCACCUCCCCAGCAUGUUGGUUUGAAAAGGUUUAGGAAAAGUUAGAAACGGUUCUGUACUGGUUUGGUUUUCUGUUUGUGGUGGUUUUCACACACGGAUUCAUUUUUCCCAGGAAGUCUUGCCAGUAGCACGCAGCCUCCGCGUGGGAACGAUUGCAAAUGGUUCGUUGAGGAAAGUUAAAUGGGGGCUGCUUCCCUCUGUGUCACUGUGAAAGGAAGAGUCACCCAGCACCUAUGGACUUCCAGGGACUUUGUUUUUCUCUGGUGCUUUGGCAACAGCCGCAACCAUUUUUAUUAGUUUCCCCCAAAUUAGUGAAACAGUUUAAACUCUUCCCCUCCAUUCAUUGGUCCACAGAGUUGUGGUCACGAGUUUUCCUUUUGAAAACCACCUCCACCAACACCACCCCGUUUGCCUACAACCGCCUUUUAUUUCUUGUGUUUAUUUUUUUUUUUGUCUCUCGCCUUCCUCCCACAUUUUCUUUUCCCUCAGAACCGUGAAUGGGCAGGUCUGUCUCUGGUUUGGCAUCACUGAGUUUUUCCCAGGCGUUUGCCCCAGAGCUGCUCGGACGUGAGACAAAUCUCCCUACAAUGGGCUCGCUCCCGUUGUGUGUACAGUUUAAUAGAUGCUGGCAUGUUGGAGGUUACCCAUGAGUCAAAAUCCGCUUUCCAUGCUUACUCCUGACACCCCAUUGAAGCCACUCAUUGUGUGUGCGUCUGGGUGUGAAGUCCAGCUCCGUGUGGUCCUCUGCUUGUGGUGCCCUACUUUGCAGUCCCUUUGCACUUCCUCAUCGAGUGCUGUUUUGAAAUGCUGACAUUAUAGAAACGUAAAAAAUGUAAAAACAAAAACAAAACAACCCCCACACAGACAAAACCAUACGAUCUGUAUUUGUAUAUACACUUGUCCGUACAAGUAUAC